UGUCAAAGUCAAACGGUAAGGCGUCCGUUUCAUUUGAUUUUAAAAUGUUUGUUUUGUAUUUUUCAAUUACCUACUAUUGAAAAGUUUUAAAGUUACUUAAAGUUGUAUUAAUACUCUUUGACUUAUAUAAUAAAUCGUGGAUCGUGGCAUAGCUUUAAGUACUGUUAAACAUGGAAAACUCUGAAAAGGAAAGUGAUGCCCAAAAGUCUUUCAGUUCUCCACCCAGAAGAAGGCGUUCAACGUUUUUUGAAAGACGCGAUUCUAUUGUGCCACAACCAGUAAUAGAAAAUAUUGACCCCAAUGUUUGUAAGAAACUAAACGAAGUGGAUGAGAAACGCCAACAAGAUCUAAAAAGGUAUCAUGACAUACUUUUAGCAGAGAAAAAUGAUUGGAAAGCAGAAGUAAAAUGCAGGCGGAAUAAAUACCAUCACUUGAAACAGCAGUUUCAAAUUGCCUCCAAUGCAUCGAAAAAAUCCAGAAUAUCAUAUGCAGUAUUGUCAAAUGAGAACAUAGAGUUUUUGAAAGGAAAGGCGAACAUAUCCCAGCUUGCUGACAGUCAAGCAGAAUUUCACAAAAGCGUGAUGCAAACCCGUGAACUGUACAGGAGAGCAAUGGAGCUCGAUAACAUUGUUUUUGAUUACUGUGAGAAAAAUCUGAGUGCAGUCACUGACCAUAUUUUACAGAAUAGUAAUAUACAGUUUAUAGAAUGACUGAUGAAUGAAUGAGGUAAAAACAAUUGAAUGAACAAACUGUAUAAUAUAAAAUUAAUAUUAUGUAUAUAAUAAUAUAAUGAAAAAUAUCAACUGUUGUUAAGUACUAGCACAACUGCUUUUUUAUUCAAUAAAUAAAAUAUCGCUGAACAUACAUAAUAAACAUACAUCCUAAUCCUCCUUUUUGGAAGUUGGUUAAAGUAGCGUAAAUUUGUCUACUUCCACAUAAGAAUCGGAAUUAUGUUAUGGCAGGAAGAAAAAAAAAUAAAUGAAAAAAAAAAACAACUGGGUUUG